AUGGCCUUUUCUGUCGACUCCCGUACUCAAUUGAGCCUGCAAGCCACGACGAAUGAGCUGCUGCAGAGUCUGGGAGAUAGAUUGGCUGGAUUUAUAGAGAGUCAACAGCGUACCAACAAGGAAAUUACGGACAAGCUCAGCGAUCUUAGUCGUAUCGCGGACAUAGCGUCACAAAACAGCAAACGCAUCGUUGAACUUGAACAAACUGUCUCUGCAUUAGAGCGUGAAGUCGGAGAGUUCAGAAAUCUAAGAUCGGCUCAGUCGAUCUCCACGACUGACAAGCAUAUCGAUAAUGAGCUAGUCAUAUCGGGAGUGCCUGCGGCUUUACCGAUCACACCGGCUAGGUUGGUUCAGAAUGUAUUUGAAUCGCUUGACGUAAAGGAUCUCUCAUGUCAUAUUUUGAAUGUUAGACCUAUGGUGCGGAAGACACACAAGGCGGUGGGCCCGGAUUGUCCCCCGCGAACGGACGAGACUGGCUCUAUUGCUGUCACCCUGUCCUCUGGCGCUGUUCAGCGAACAGUUUUAUUGAAGGCGCGUGCAAAGCGGGAGCUCAAACAGAGCAAGGUCUGUGGAAAUGAUUCCAAUCGCAAUAUACAUGUAAAUGAAAUGCUAUCCAAGGCCACAUAUGAUUUGCUGCAACUGACCGGGCGCACGGCCAAGGACAAGUCAUAUAAAUUUGUUUGGAUGAAGAGCAGACGUAUUAGUAUUAGACUCUUGGAAGGCAAGCCCAUCAUUAACAUUGAUUCAGAAUCAGAUCUCGUGAAAUUAGUUUGA